AUGCAAAAGAAUACAAGACAAGAAACAUAUAAAAUUGUUAAGACUUGCCCCCCUAAAAGGCAAGGCGAACUUAACUUUAGCAUCAAUUCAGAUGUUUUUACCUGCUCUGAAUGCGAAAAAGAGUUCAAAAAGCCUUGGUUACUGAAAAGGCAUUCGAAGGUUCACCAUAUAAGUAAUCAAAUGGCAACCAAUACUGUACUCAACAAACCCGAUCAGGCCGAAUUGAUAGUCGAGAACACUAUUCCAGAUGCUAAUGCAUUUGAUUACUUGAGUGACGAAGAUGACUCCUCCAGUAUUGGGGAUGAAGAAGACAACAUUGUAGAUGAGAAAAACGAUAUUGUCAAUAAUUUCUUUGAUAUUGAAAUGAACAGUAAUCCAGUUUUCAACGCGUUCUCUGACAUGUUUUUUUCUGCUGCUGCUGCUGAUAAAGUAUCAAUGGCUGAUAAUAACUCUGAGAUCCCGGAAGAUGUCUUUGAGACAAUUGGCACUAUAAAUGACCCUACAAGCUGUUAUCCUUUUUGCGAUCUUCAAACCAUGAUCCUUUUUGCUUUUAUCAAUGGGGAUUAUGACAUGAUCUCCCAGCAAAUGUUGAAAAAGAUACUGCUUGCAAUAAACUUGAUCAUUAAGAUCCAGCAAGAAACUCUCAUAGGAAGAACAUUUAAGUUACCUCGUUUGGAUGCUUUUUUAAAUUAUCAGACAAGAAAGAAGUCUAAGAUGCCUGUCUUUCCUUUACAAAGAAUAUCAGUACCUGGAUUGAAUGGGAACACAUUUGCCCAUAUUAACCUUCCAUCUGACCACUUGAGAUUUCUUAUGGCAAAUGCAAAGAAAUCUAAGUUGAUCACAUCCAUGCCCAAUUGUACCCCAAACCAAUCGAUCUGUUUGGAACAAGGUGAAAAGUGGAGAACUCACCAUCUCUUUCAGCAGCCUAUGCACACUGUAAAUAGUAUAGAUGUCUGGUUUGGAAACAUUGCUUACUUGAAGACAAACGAUUGCAGCAUUCACUUUUUGGUUGAAUCGUUUCACAUGGCAAACAAAAACAUUUUUGCGAGAGAGUAUCUGGUCAGAGCAAUUUUGAUUGUAUGCUAUGACGCUGAGGUUGCUGUUACCAAUCUUAGAGUAGAGCAGAUCUCUCACGUUGACACCACUCCUGUUGAAAGAGAUUACUACUACAGUAUUUCAAGUAGCCUUACCAGAUUGAGUCCUUCUCAUGACUUUCUCCUUUUUGGAGUUCAUCGAAUGAAGAAGCCUAUGCCUUUUUCUGUUUUGCCUGGUAAUAUAGAUUGCAAUGCAGUAUUUUACAAAUUAAUGAGAUGCACUACCUUGCCUUUUAAGGAUCAAAAUUCGAUAGCAAACAUCCAGUUUCUUUCUACAAUCCCUAAGAAAGAUGGUGCAAAUGGUAUGUCUCUUUUGCCAGCAAUCGUUGAUGACCUUAAGAAACUCAAGAAAGGUGUAAAAAUGUUCUCCAUUAAAGACAAUGAGUAUGUUCCGGUUGUUGCUCCCAUCCUUUGGAUUGAGGCUGACAUGGCAUGUCAUUCGGAACUUUGCGGAUUACUUGAGCUGGCUACCAUAUUUCCUUGCAGAAGAUACUACAUUGAACUUAGACUAGACACUAAGAUCUCAAAUGCUCUGAAAAUUGGAAUGAACACGCCUGCAAACAAGAUAAGCUUUAGAGAUUGUUUGACUAGCCACUUAUUAGAAUUGCAGUCGUUUGAUUCAGAAAAGGAUACACCAGUGGAAAUCCUCCACACAAUACUUCUUGGUGUUGCAAAGUAUAUGGUGAUUGACUUGGUUAAGGUCGUGCUUAAGAAUGACACAGCCACAAUAGCAAGACUUUCAGAAUUCUUGACAGAUUACACGCAAUCAACUGGUCUAUCAAGAAAGUUCACCCAAAACUUGAGACAUAGUGGUUCAUUCCUCAGUAGAGAUUUCAAGGUUCUGCUUCAAAUACUUUCUGUAAUUCUAAUUACAGAAUUCUCUGGAAAUCAUGAGCUAGACCUUGUAAUAUCAUGCUUUGUUGAACUUGGCCAAUUGUGUUCUCUGGUAUUUGUUUGUCAGAUGACAUCAAACUUUGAUAACUAUAUUAUCAGAAAUGAGCUCCACAAGGCAUAUUGCACCAAGCCAAAAGUUCAUUACUUGACACAUCUCAAGGAAGAUAUAAUUCGUUUUGGAUCAGCCCUCAAUUAUGAAACAGAAAAGGGCGAACAGUUCAAUAAGCACAUUCAUGAACAUCUGUUUCAUACAAAUUGCCAAAACACUUCCAGGGAUGUUUGCCUGAAUUCUGGCAACCGAGAGAAGUCUGGAACUGGAAUAGAGAGGUUUAUUAAGGACAACAAUAAAUCCUUAUUCUAUUACACCUUCUUUGGCAGCUCGAGAGAGCUAAAGGACAACAACAACUCUGGAGAUAUUGAAGAUGAUGCCAUCCAAAACAACAGUUUUAGCACAUUUGUUUUUAGAGAUGAUCCAAUCUCUCGCCCUCGUAUAGGACUUGUCUCAGGCUCUGUUGUUAAGUUUCUUAGCAUUGUUUCUUAUACGGAUAAUGACAGAAACAAUAACUAUGCCAAGACUGUAAUGACAGAGGUGCUUCUGGGGGUUCACUGGGGGCCUGCUCAGGAGGUCGUCCAGAUAGUUGUUUUUUGCCUACCCACUUUUUCACCUCCUGCCUAUUAUGGAUUAGUUUAUAACUCCGCUCUUUAA